AUGGAACCAAUACUCAAAGUAGUGUUUUUUGCACUUUUAAUAAAUGGAGUGGAUUCGUUAUAUAUCGUCGAAAAACCAGCUGAUGAACCAGCGAUUCAAGAGAACCCAGCCCUGGAUAAUUCAAGUCCUCCAUCAAAAAUGAGGUUCAAUAAAAACGAAUCCGCGAUGAUUUUCGCACUCGCUUCUAUGGAACAAAGUGGCGCGAAAUUACCUGCUGACGCUUACGAUCGAUCGCUCGCGAAUAUUUCACCGGAUGAUUUUUGGCGGUCAUCUCAAGACGACACGGUUUCAUAUUUGCUGGCAUCAGAGUCCCAGGAAAACGACCAACAACCUACAAGAUUGAGCCACAUGUGGUUCAAUGUGGAAAAAAUGGACGAGCGUUUAAUUUCUGGAGAACUGAGACUCUACCGGGAAUGCGCGGGCUUAUCAAAAUUCUUUAGCCGGCCGUACAAUGUCACUGUUUAUCGAAUUGCUCCGAAGGAAACAUACGACGCGUGGGUGUACGUUAACUCAGUGAUGAUGCCGGCUUGCAAGACCGGAUGGUUUAUUGUAAAUAUCUCCGAGGCUGUGAAAUUCUGGAUGCAAUUUGGCGAAAAUUAUGGGAUCGAACUUGUGACAUAUUCUGGGGAUGACCGUCGCGGGAGAUUUAAACCAGAGGACACGGGAAUUGUUGAUUUUAAUGGCCCUCCUCAAAGACACCCUUUUUUGGUAAAUUACUUUAACAACAGUGGCGAUGAUAGUUUAUUUGGGCAACAGUUUAUUAAACUGAUGCAGAAGAGCGCAAAAGAAUUCCGACCGUCGGAGGAUUAG